GUGCUAUACUAUAUAUGUCACUGAUUCAUUUCGUUAUUACCAUGUUGUGUAUAUGGUUAGAGAUCUAAAAUAUAUCAAGUUAUGAACUGAAAAUUAAAACACAAUUAAACUUUUUAAUUUAUAGUUUCAUUUCUUAGAAUUGAAAGUACUUGGAUGUUAGUCAGAUUAAUAAAAUUAGCUACAGUUGUGAAAAACUAGGCAAUUAAAUAUUUGUAACCGUAUAACCCGGUUAACAUAUUAACCACUAAUCCAAUCCAUGCAGUGCAACACUUACUGCUAAAAAAUUGUGUGCAGUUAAGUAAUUAAGAAUUAUCAUAUGAUAACCUAAAAGAAAUCAAUUACAAUUCCACAGAUAGCAUUUCAUAAGUCAUAUAAAAUGUAGGUAAUAACUCACUUUUGGAAGCAUUAAACUAUACAAAAAGUUGAAUUAGCCUUAAAAAAUCAUGGUUUCAUCAAUUCCACACCUUCUCCUUCUCCUUCUACUUCUCCUCUUCACUCUACUUACUCAUAACUCUAGCUUUGAAGAUGAUUUCUCGAAUGAACAACAACCAAACGGUUUCUUCUUACCCUUCGAGUCCAAUCUCUACGUUGAGAUCACCAUAGGAACCCCAACGCGAAACUUCAACCUCAAGCUAGACUCUUCUACACAUCUCACAUUCCUCGAAUGCGACCCUUGCGAUGAUGAUGAACACCAAUGCUCCAUCUCCGACACAACCCGACGCUACGACGGCAAAUCUUCAACAACUUUCUCACCAAUCUCCUGCACCAACUCUUCUCUAUGUCCUCUCCUCUCCCCUAAUGCCACUACCCAUGAUAACACAACAACAACGACAACAUCCUCUCUGUCUCUUCUUUGCACUCCUUCCAACUCCUGUCGCUACGAUGUCUCUUCUUUCAGCGCUGGCUACCUCGUUUCCGACACCCUCCAGUUGACUUCUUCCAUCACCGACCAAGAAAACUCUCUCUCCAUAGUUCGUGGGUUUGUCUUUGGCUGCGGGACUAGCAAUCGUGUGACGCCGGAGGACGACGGUGGCGGCGUUGACGGGAGAGUGAGUCUAACCACUCAUCAUUUCUCGCUUCUUUCUCAGCUUCGCGUCACCAGAUUUUCUCACUGUUUAUGGCCUUCCUCCGCCGGCUCGCGUAACUACAUUCGUCUAGGAUCAGCGGCUGAGUUCGGCGGCGAUAUGAUGUUGGUUCCGAUGUUAGAUACGAUGGAGACGAACUCUUACUCGUAUCACAUUCCUCUCCUCGGGAUCAGUCUUGAGGAACAGAGAAUGAGAAGCAACGAGACUAGUACAAUAGCAGUAGACAUUGGCACGUACUAUACGCGUCUAGAGGCAUCACUCUACGAGAAGGUGAAGGAAGAGCUAAUGACGCUGAUUGGACCAACGGUUGCAUAUGAAGUGAACGAACUAAUGUGUUUCACAACCGAGGUUGGCUUAGAGAUAGAGUCAUUACCCAUAGUCACUUUACAUUUACAAGGGUUUAACUUCACGAUCUCAAACAAAGGACUUUAUCUCCGAGAUAGCCCUUCUUCUUUCUGCACGGCUUUGGUCAGAUCGACCAUGGAGGAUGAGGAGAAGAAUGUGCUUGGAGCAUCAGGACUUGUUGAUUAUGUAGUUGGCUAUGACACUUCAGAUAGGGUGCUGGCCUUUCAACAAAGAGAUUGUUUGGCCGAUUUUGUUGAUGGUAUUUAGUAGUCUUAUUGAGUUUUAAUUAGUCUCUUUAUAACAUAAAUAAUUGUUUAUCUUUAGACAUUAUCGUUACAAGACAUUGGUGAAUAAAAAAAAGAAGACAUUGGUGAAUACGUAUUGCCCAUCUUGUGACGCAGAGUACUGAACAUGACUAUAAAUUGGCGCAAAAUAAAGACCAUAAAAAUUUCAUAGAUAUCGAAGUUGAAACUUGAAAAAAAAAUAUGGAAGCCCCUUUUGUAACGAUUCUCCUUGCAUGCAGAUGAUGCUUUCAAACCCUCCUCUGCUCCGUGACUACAUAUAUGUUACUCCACCUUCUACAAAAUAUAGUGAACAAACACUGUUUCAUUCUUCUUCUUUUUCUUUUUUUUUUGAAUUCAAGAUUGCAUCUACCCGUUAAAAGGAAUUGUACUAAUAACAUAAAAAGAAGUACAUUAUUGGGGAAAUUUAUAUCGGAUUUUGAUAGAAGAUAAGACGAAAAAUCUUCAGUUAAAUAGAUAACUAAAAUUUAAGUUGUAGAAUAAAAAGCUAAAAAGUUUAAGCUAAAAAACUCUUUUUUUUUUUGUACCUAAAAAAAAGCUAAAAACUCUUUCAUGCUCAUAUCAAUAUUUUGACCAUGAGAUUUUGGUCAGGAAUCAGAAAAAAAGAACAGGAAGAUACAAUAUGAAGAGAGGAUUUAUUCUGCACUGGCCAAAAUAGGUGGUCCGGAGUGUAUUUUUGAAACCUUUCAGCACUUGUUUCUCUGAUGAAAGCUUGUGUAAAGGUGUACGUAUUUACGUACUAGAGAUGCAUGGGAUCUCCAGAAGAAGAAGAAAAUCAUUAUUUGUUUUCACAUGAAAUAUUUAGCCUAGAAGAAAAUAUGUUUCGUGUAAUUCAAAUAUGCCAGAGCACUUGUGAAGUUUAGCUAACGAGUAAAGGUUUAGCGAAAAGAAAUAUGCUUCAUGUAAUUUGUCAAAUUAUUGGAUAUGUUGUAGAUAUAAAAUUGUCCAUAUAAACGACUCACGAAAUAAUUAACAAGUUAAAACAACAAAUCACUUCCCUAGCAAAUGAUGAAAAAGUCGUUUCAAUUUUUUUUUCUUUGCUUCGAAGCUUAGAUAUUAUAUGACCCGACCAAUAUACAUGCAAGGAGAUAAGAUCGGUGCAUUGUUGGCGGGCGGCCGCCAUAUCUUUUAGGUUCCAUUUCUGGUUUUCCAUUUAUUUAACAAGCUUUAUCUUAUAUACAUAUGUAUAUAAUAAAUGUCAAAAGUUCUGAGAUAGAAUGUUCAUUCUUAAUAUUAGCCGUUUAAUGCAAUCCAUACUAGUGCCUCACCAUUCCUGCUUUUAUAUCAACGUUAACUAAACAUAUGAAUUUUUUUUUAAACAUAUGUAUUAUGUUAUGCAUAUAUAUAAGUAGUCCAAUCUUCUGAAUUAAAAGUAAAACUAUAUUUAUUGAUCUUUAUCAUUAUCGACCAAUCAACCAAUCGUCGAACCCACUAAUACCAAAACACCAGUUAAUUUAUGCCAAUAUUCUUUGAGCAGUAAGGAAUGUCACUAGACCCACCGUAAUUCAGUCUUUGAAGUUAAGUCCUCUUUAUAUAUAAAUAAUUAUUGGAUAAAUUUCUUAUUAUAACCAUUGUUUUAAUUAUUAUUUUUGACCAAAAGACCAUUGUUUUUCUUUACCAAAAGACCAUUGUUUCCAUUGUGUUUUUAAUUAAUGUGAGGAUUGAAAUUAGAAAUAAUGGUCAUGUAUCUAAAUGUCUACAUUUUAUGUCACCAGAAAUUUUCGAACAUGGUUAUGUAUAACUGACGAGCGUUAUAAAAUUUAAACACGAAGGUAAGAAUAACUGCCAAUAUAUGCACAUAAAAUGUAGACAUUUAGAUACAUGAAUAUCUAAAACUUUUUUUCUGUUUGCAGAAAUCUGUAAAAUGAAGUACAGCUUUCAAUAUCUAAUCCAUAUCUUCCAUGAUUUUUUUUUAUAUUCUAGUUAUACGAUUUUCUUGCUUUUAUAUAGCAUAUAAGCCAAUCACCACUAAUGCAAAUAAUUCUUUUGACUUCCAAUAUUUCUCCAAAGGAGUAAAAUAUUUAUUUAGUUGAAAGCAGUGGGACCAAUGUGCGCAGCAUCAUACACCCUCCCCCUUUGCAUGAGGUUUCUUGAAUUCUUAUUUAUGUGUUGAUAUUAAUCUGUAUGAAGUAUAAAACUGUUUACAAAUUCCAAGUAUGAGAUACGGGUAGAUCAAAUAACUAAGUUUUAAAACUUAAGAUUCACGUGUUAAUUCGAUCCUGAAAAUUGGGUCUUAAGAUUAUUUAUGGGACUUAAUAAUGUGUUUUGAUUUUUGUUUUGUCCACAUAUCUUUGGACAAAGGUCAGGAAAAUAUAUUGACAAAUGGGUUUCUUCUAAAGAUGUAGCAUUGUAAUUUGGAUUCGAAACCUAAAAUUAAGUCUAUAGAGAACUGCUCGAACAAGCCAUGUAUGUUGAUGUUAGUAGUAUUCUCUAUAUUCGUUGACUGCUCCGAAUAAAUUAAGGCUAAAUAACCAUCUAAUAAGUUAGGUUGACGGAAUCGAUUGAUAUAUAAAGAUUUUGAGAAAUGUACAAGAUUUUGUGAGUGGAUGGUGGAAAGGCCGUGCCGUGAGAAAAGGCCGAGUAUUUUGACAUAAUAACAUUAUUGGCUUUAUGUUUUUUUUUUUUUAACUGAACUUAUUGGCUUUAUGUUGAGCAGUAGAGCCACUUGCUUUACGAAUCUUUACCUGAUUGUCGAAUAUUUUAUAUCACCAUAUAUGUGAAUGCAUAUUAUAUUGACCGGAUACGUUGUGCAGUUGCAUCUCUCUCUCUUAUAAAUACUUCCUCUCGUUCCACUGCCUAAAACCAUCACAAACGCUCAUAUGAAGCUUGAUGGACAUGCGUGCCCAACGGAGUAGAAUUGCAUGAAGUGGAGUAGAGUAUAAUGCAGCCAAGGAUGACUUGCCGGAGCGUUGUUCAUCAUGCAUAAAAAAUAUUGAUGAUGAUGAUGGUGAUGAACAUAAUUCUGGCAAGUUGUCCUUCGGCUACAUUUUGCUCUCUUCUACUCAUGCAAACUCUCCAUGGGAUAUUUUACCUUUUUUUUUGUUUUAUUUCAUUCUUUCAAAUCGACGAUUCGAAUUGUACUAACAAGGCCUUGGUGUUGAUCAGAACUCCAGCAUCGGUAUGAGUAUAAUUUAUACAUAUUUUUUAUUAAUGGUUAAUUUUUUUAUUCAUGUGAAGCUUAGCAAAGUUAAAGGAACUGUUUAUUGGUAUAAAAUCAACUUCUUAAAGACAUUUUUUUUUUGGACAACAAAGACAUAUUUUUUAGAGGAUAAGAUUUCAUCUUUAAUGAGCUAGAUAUUUAUGAUGCACUUGUAUAUAGAGUUCUGUUAAUGCACAUCUAUAUAGAUUUAUGAUGCACUUGUAUAUAGAUUCCACCACAUGGAUUUUAGCUUCAUAUUUUUGGGGAUUUAAGAUUAGUGGACAAAAAGUUUGGCUGUUCUUGUCUGUUUCUUUUCAUCAUAUACAAAUAAGUUGUCUUGCAUGUUUUGACGAGCCAAAACAAAACCCUCAGGCUUACAAAUAGGACAGUUCCAGCUAUUGAGGGAACGAGCCUGCUUGCACUGGCCGUCCUAAUCGAUACAUAGGUUUAGAAUGUCACAGCAUACAUAUUUUAGCAAAAACAUAGUGCAGAAAUGCACUGUUGUUGUUGGCAUCUGUCCACUCCAAAUCUCCGAUGCAUAUGGUGUAUUUGAAUAUUAUAUACCGUCAAUUAUCA